UCUCAUGGCGGUCGGUCAGAUCAGUUAAGCUGAAUUAGAAAACGUUCGAAAGCGCGCACAAAACGAAGUAGCUAAAUACAAAAUAUUGUCCUAAGUGUAAUUAGUUAGUUUUCGAAUAAUUUGAUUCUUUAUUUAGUGUAGACAAACAUGCAGCUUUCCCAACGACAUUUCAUUUGAUAUCCUCAAAUCGACGCUAAUGACACCAAAUCAAAAUAUUUAAUUUGAAAAUCUCCCUUCAAUUAACAACAAAAAACACCUAAAUUUUUAAAAGUGUUAGAAAAAAAAUUCAACAAAAAUUAAAAUAAAGCAACAACACAAAAAUACAACUGCCAACAAAAUGCAACUAAGUACAACGAAGCCGCGACAGAGAGAGCGGCACUUGCCGCCAGCGUCCAACACACCUAAGCACACGCAAGCAACCUCCGACAGCGCCUACGCAUUCAGCAGCGGCAUCAACACAAAUUACUACUACAGUAGACUGCCGUUGCUGCUGCUGCUGGUGCUACUAUGGGCGUCCGCCAGUCAUGCCUACAACAUUGAUCUGCCCAGCUAUACAAGGCACGUGCGUGAACCGAAUACAAUGUUCGGCUUUAGCAUUGCAUUGCAUAAGGGCUACAGUGGAUAUGCACAAACGAACUCUUUAAUUGUCGGCGCUCCUAAAUUCGAUACCUCCUCAUACCAACAGGGUGUGGUAGAAGCAGGCGCUGUCUUCCAGUGUGGCAUGAAUGAUGGUGAUUGCAAUUUGGUGAAAUUUGAUUCCUCAGGAAAUCAUCGUAACACAUUCGGUGACGUUAUCGAGCGAAAAUCCUAUCAGUGGCUUGGCGCUACCGUCGCCACGAGUCGUGACAACGAUUUAAUUGUGGCCUGCGCUCCACGUUAUGUCUUCCAUACAAUGACACCAAAUAAAUCAUUGCGUUAUGAUCCAGUCGGUACGUGCUUUACAUCCAGGAAUUUGACGCAUUUCAAUGAAGUCUCGCCAUGUCGCACAAAUAACUGGGGCUAUCACAGGCAAGGUUCUUGCCAGGCUGGUUUUAGUGCGGCUGCUAGUACUCGUGGCGAUCGUUUGUAUAUUGGCGCGCCCGGCAGUUGGUAUUGGCAAGGACAAGCCUACUCAAUAUCACCAGAUGCAACCUUCCCAUAUAAGCCGCCAUUUUACCAGCCCUUCGGCACUGGAGGUCAAACCUACUCAUACGAUGUGACACGCCCCGAAAAUCAAGUCUACUCCACCGCCGAGAGUAGCUCACAAGAUGAUGACUCCUAUUUGGGUUACUCCAUGGUGACGGGCGAUUUCGAUGGUGAUCGUAUUGAGGACAUCGCCAUUGGCAUGCCACGCGGCGCAGGGUUGCUCGGCAAAAUUGUCGUAAAUCAUUGGAAUAUGUCGAACAUAUUUAAUUUCACUGGUCAUCAAAUUGGUGAAUACUUUGGCUAUGCGCUCGCUACCUGCGAUGUGGAUGGUAAUGGUUUGGAUGAUCUGAUCAUCGGUGCGCCAAUGUACAGCGAGCAAGGCAAUGUGGAGGGCAAAUACGAUGUAGGACGUGUGUAUAUACUGUUGCAGAAAGAGAGCGGCGAACGCUGGCCAAUCGAACACAUACGUGAUGGCUACAACAGUAAAGGACGUUUCGGUUUGGCGCUAACCACACUUGGCGAUAUCAAUCGUGAUGGUUUUGGUGACUUCGCUGUGGGUGCGCCCUACGACGGGCCAGAAGGUCGUGGCGUUGUCUAUAUAUUCCAUGGUUCGGCUAAUGGUCCACUGUUGAAACCGUCGCAAAUAAUUAAAUCGGAGGAUAUUGUUGAGGGCGCGCCCUACCCACGCACAUUUGGUUUCUCACUCUCCGGUGGCCUCGAUAUGGAUGGCAAUACAUAUCCGGAUUUGGCGGUGGGCGCGUACGCAUCCGAUCAAGUAUUCAUCUUCAAGUCACGUCCCGUCGCUGCUGUGAAUGCGAUGACCUCCUUUGUUAAUCAAUCGAAAUUGAUCAGCUUGGAUGAUCGUCGUUGUCAGACGGUGCGUGAUGGCAAACGUGUACCGUGUACUGAAAUUAUGACCUGCUGGAGUUAUACGGGCGAAUAUUUGCCUGGUAGUUUAGAAUUUGAAGUCUCCUGGGUAUUGGACGCUAAAAAACCAAAGAAACCACGCAUGUUUUUCCUGUUGGAUGAGGGCAAAAAUAUACGUAAUCUCUCGAUCAGUUUACAAUAUGGCAAGACUUAUUGCCGCAACGAGACUGUCUAUCUAGUGGAUAAUGUGCAGGAUAAGUUGACACCGCUGGAGGUGGAAAUGCGUUAUGACUUACGUAGCAGACGUGGUUUUGCACCAGUAAUUAGACGCAGGCGUGAUGCUCUCGAACCGGUUAUUGACCAAAAUCGUGAGAUUAUACUACGUGAUGCCAUCAACAUACAAAAGAAUUGUGGUCUGGACAAUAUUUGCGUGCCCGAUCUGCAGCUCGACAUUAUAACCGUCGAUAAGUAUUUGCAUGGUUCUCAUAAACCGUUAAUCGUUGAAGUCACAAUUACGAAUCGCAAUGAAGACGCUUUCGAGUCGGCCUUCUACAUGCUGAUGCCAAAGGAUUUGGACUUUAUUAAGAUUGAGAAUUUAGUCGAAAAAGGUGACACGCCCAUAACAUGCUCGGCGCCCUCAGAAAGCAACAACUACACUUUGAAAUGUGAUCUUGGUAACCCAUUGCAGGGACAGAAAUUCGCCAAAUUCAAUGUGAUCAUGUUGCCCUCACAAAGAUUCGGCAUGGCACCCAGCUAUCACUUCUACAUGGAAGCCAACUCCACUAAUGCGGAAAUAGAUGGCAAUCAGCGUGAUAAUGUUGUGAUUAAGAAUAUCGACAUUUGGGUGGAGACCGAUUUGGUUAUUGAAGGCGCCUCGUUGCCUGACUUUCAACUCUACAAAGCCUCCGAUUAUUUGGCCGUCGAAAAUGCUACCAAAGAGGAAGAUUUGGGUCCACAAGUGGUGCAUCUCUACAAUAUACGCAACAAUGGCCCAUCGUAUAUUGAGGAAGCCGUCAUACUCAUUCAUUAUCCCAACGAAACGGCCGGUGGUGACUUAUUGAUGUAUAUGUUGAAUCAACCCGAGACGCACGGCAAUAUCGUAUGUGAUCCACAUCUCGCUGUCAAUCCGCUCAGAUUGAAAUUGGACAAUAAUCUGAUGUAUAAAUCAUAUCUCAGAGAGCGCGGUGUGAUUUUCUCAACCGAAACCAGCAGCAGUAGCAGUAGCAGCUCCGGCUCGCCGGUCUACAUUGAAAAGGCAAAUGGUAGCAGCGCUGCUGGCACAGCUGUAACGAUAGGACGCGGCACUAAAGAGCUGUCGGCUGAAGAGAAAAAACGUUUGGAGUUGGAGGAUGAGCAAGAGAUACCGGGCGAUGCAUCGGCUACGCAUAUACAACGCGCACAAGAAGCUGCCGCCUCGAGCUCCCAAGCUGGCUUUGGAGCUGGUGCUGCUACCGGUUAUGGCGCUACGGGCUAUGGUGGUGGCGCUGGUGCUGGCAGCGGUGGCUCAUACGAAUGGUCUUCUUCGUCCUCAUUAUCAGGCGGUGGUGGUGCUGGCGCGCAUGGACCCACAGUUAUUGUACGCACCAAAAAUACAACAACAAGUUAUGAUGCCAGCGGACGACCAUACGUUGUCGAGAGCAGCACUGAAUAUUCGACCAACUUGGAUCGCGCUGCACAAUAUUACGCACAACCGACACACAAUCAGCAGCAACAUCAUCAACAUCAACAACAGCAACAACAUUCAGCCAACUAUCAACAAGCCGGCGGGUUUGUAAGGUCCGAUAACAGGCAUGGUAACCAUGAAGGCGCGCAGAGCACACGCGGACACAUUCAAAUGGCCGGUAGCGGCAGCCAACCCGAACAAUCUAUGUAUGCCAACUAUCAAGGCUCCUCGGGUGGUGCUUACCGUCCGAAUCAACAGCAACAACAUUUACAACAUGGAGUCUAUCAACCCUAUGAUGCGCGUCGUGGUUCAGUGGCUUCAACUUCCACGGGAUACAAUACCAACAACAAUUAUAAUAAUUUCGGUAGCGGCAGCGUGAUUGGUGGCAGAAGCUUUGAUAAGGUCAAUCCCCAGGGUCAGGGCUUCCAAGCCGGUGUUUUAGAUUUGGGCACAAUGCAUCGCGAUAAUGUCGACAAUGAAUUGCGUCAGCAUGAUGGACAAUUUGGCGAUAACGGUGGCUCCUCUUACAGCUACCAACAGCCGUACACACGGCGUGUACGUUCACCAGCUGGCAAUAAGCCUUAUUAUGGCAUGGAAAAUGAAGAUUACUAUGACGAAGAGGCUGUGCAACAACAACCAAGCCACCAUCAACACACGGCUCAACACCAAACAUAUGCGCGUAAUGUUUAUCCUGCACAAGGUCAACAACCUCAUAGCGCCUCCUAUCAACAGUCACAAUCGUCGUCAUCAUCAUCAUCUUCCAGUGGCAACGCUGGCAGUUAUCAAAAAUCUGCUUCUUCUUCAUCCACCUCCUCAUCAUCAUCAUCCUCCUCUUCCUCAAGCGCACAGUUACAACAGAAUGACGCUGGCGCUGAGGCCGGCGAGCUAACACAAGUCGAUUGGGUAUCACCUUGUAAGGCAGCAACAUGCCAGACGUUGCGUUGUGUAGCAAAAAAUCUGGCUAAAGAUGAAGGUGUUUGGGUAGCAAUACGCAUGCGUACUGUGGCGAAGACUAUGGAGAAGCUCUCCGGUAAUUUACCACUGACUGUGUCUACAAUGGCUGCGGCGAAUGUUACGCGUUUGCCUUAUAUUGGAGAGCCAAAAGUGCCAAUUAUAAAGACGCAUGAGAUCUUCUAUAAAGCGGAGCCGGAACCCAUACCUGUGCCAGAUGUGGUGCCACUGUGGGUGGUGGUGCUGGCCGCAUGCGCUGGUGCGUUGAUUUUGCUGUUGUUGGUCUAUUUGCUGUACAAGUGUGGCUUCUUCAAUCGCAAUCGUCCAAGGGAUCACUCCAUGGAACGGCAACCAUUGCGUAAUGGUUACCAUGGAGACGAGCAUCUGUGAGCGCUAACGAGUCCAGCUUAAGGUUGGAUACCCCACCAAAUCUCCAUUUGUAACCGAAGAAAACGCUUUUUUUCUACUUUUUAACGACAUGCUAGGGGCAGUUUUGCAUAGAGCUUCAUUGUUGUUGUGCACCUGAUGUAAAAAGUAGUAUAUCGCAAGGUUGCUGCAAAGCGCGGCAUUUUGCGGUCCAAACAACGGUGCUUUCAGAUAAUCAUCAGCGUACAUUUACAUCAACUAAUCAAAACGAAGCUGAAAGAAACCAAAUUUGUUGGCUUCCAAAUCAAAAUCUACGAAAAUUUUCUUAUAACAAUCUCUUCUUCUUCUUCCUGCUCCUUUUUUUAUAAAAAUAAUUUUUAUUAUUUUCAUAUAAUUUAUAAUUAAACUAAAAUACUAUAACUUUGCUAGUCACGAAAUUCAUUAUUGCAAGCUCUCUCACCGCCGGCGAAGUGAAGGAAUCUACAGCGCCAGAGAGAAAGAGAGAGAUAUAGGGAGGGAGAGAGCGCGCCAUAACGACAAAAAUGUGCUCUUACCAUUUUUAUCGGAGAUUAUAAUUUUAAAUUUGUAAAAAAUAAAUAAUUAAAUUUAAACAUUUUACUAAUUUAUAAUAACUGAAAAAAGCGAUAUACUGUUAAAUAAUAUCGAGCCACUCUAAUGUUGCCUUGUAUAUGAUAAAAAUAAAAAUUUAAAUAAAAAUUAAAAAAUAGUUAUUGUUAUGAAAGCGAAAAGUGCUAAUAUUAAUUUUACUAAUGUUAAAUAUAAAUAAUAAAAACUUUAAUAAGUGUGUGUUUGUGCGCGUGUUUGUGCUUGUGUGUAUGUCUAAAUGUUUAUAGUAGUGUUUUAAAUAGAGUAUGUCUAAUUUAAAUGCACAAUAAUAAAUUUCAAUAAAAAA